GUUUUGUAAUUUAGGAGUUGAAGGCGUCGAGUAAUCUGACCCCGGUUUUCUACAAGCGAGGAACCAUGAAGACAUUUUGAAAGCCGCUUUCAGUCUGGCGCCUCUCUUCUAAAAAUUUUGGCUCCAAACAUAUAAUAUAGUCUCUAUAGAGAGAAAAGGUGUUGGAGUUUGAGAGAGAGAGAGAGAAUCUGGAACAUGGAUGCUCCUCUUGACUUUGAAUUUGAAGACCCACUUCUUAAUUCUCCUGUUAUUGUCAAGAAAAGCAAGAAAGUUAUUGGCCUGGAUGAUCUUUUGACUGAUCACUACCAGGAGAAAAGCAAAGUGAUCGAGAGGGAAUCUAAACGAGCAAAAGCAAAGAAAAAAUAUGAUUCAGAUGAGGAUGAUUUUGACAAAGAAGCUUUACUAUCAAAACAAAUUAAUGAAUGCCACAAUCAGAUGCAAGAAUUGAGUGGUGAGGCAGAGAUUGCCACGUGGGGUGUACAUGUUUUUGGCAAUCAGAAACCCCUGCCAGUUCUUACACUGCCUGAGCUUGGAAGUUGCUCCCUUUUGCGGUCUUUCAUGAGCAGCGAGCUCAACUCUUUGGUUGAACUCACCACAGAAAAAGUGGAAACUUUUCUUGAAGGACUAUUAGUAAAUGGUUGGCUCUCAAAAUUGGUCAACACUUGUAGCUAUGUAGAAAAAUCAAUAGCUAAAUGGACAUUCUAUUUGAUGUUAUAUUCAUCAAAAGAAGAGUUGAGAGCAUCUGCCUGUGACUUCUGGUGCAACAUUCUUUCGCCUCGGGAUAAGACCGAGAAGCUGCCUAUCAGAAUCGAGUGGUUUCCUAGUUACUGUGAGCUGAGAAGUGCUCUCAAAACAUAUGGAUUUCUCUUCAAUUAUUUGUCACGGACAGAAUCAAUAAUCACCAAUUCAGGGGUUAGAGGGCCGCCUAAAAAUAUUAGAGCCUGGAUCAAAUUUGUAGCUGCCUGUUGUUGUGUCAGGAGCAAACGGCCUGUAUUUUCAGCUUCAGAAGCUGAGGAACUAGUUGAAGUUGCUGUUUUCCUUUCCUCAGAUCGCCAGCUUGAAGGUUUACUGGUGCUUUUGGAUGAAUUUGUGCAAUCAGUUAUCAGUUACUUUACAGAUGAUGAAUGGAAUAUCAGCUGUGAAAAGAUAGCAAGAUCCAUCUCUUGCAGAAGCCCCAGGGACUUGAACUGUUUGCAGACUGUGGAAUGCGUUUCAGGAGUCAGCACUCGUGGCAAUCACCUGAGGAGUGCCAUUUCUUAUCAGAUUCUGCUUAAUUGUUUCGAUAAUAAGGCUUCCAACGAAGAAGAGAUCCUGAGUUUCCUCAUAUCCAUAAACGUGAAAGACCGAAGUUGUGAUCUUUUCCAGAUGUACAUUUACCUGGUUUUGACUGAAAACUGGCUCUUGUCCAAUCCAAUGUUUGAACUCAAGCCAGUGAUCUAUGAAAUGUUGGGUGUUUAUCUGCGAAACUGUUCUUGCCAAAUCACCAGCACAGAUAUGAGGCCCUAUGCAUCAAAGGUCCGCACAAAAGCUUCGUUUAUUCUAUUUGGCACCACCAAUAAAUAACUAUUAUAAAUCUUCUGAUGGAAUACAAGGUAUAGGUGCUCAAUUGUAGCAGAAAGGAAAUGAAGAGUAUAUCCACAUGUGAAUUAAAAGAAACAAGAUAGCAAUUAUUUAUUAGUGCAUCAAGAUACUGCAAUCACUACAUUUCCUCUGUUGCAACUGCACUUCAUGGGCUGCACCAUUUUCAAUUUGUGCAGAAUAACAUGACAUGCUGAAGCUUUUCCAAAGGUAACCACAUUGCAUUUCAUGUUUACAGGGAAGUCUGAAAUCUGAAUCCGCUGUACGAGUUCUAAGCAUGCAAAAUACAACCUCCUUUUGAAUUCUUUAAACCUGCUGAUUCCCAAGCUGAGUUGUGGGAGAAUGAAAGGAAAGUUUGGCAGGAUUUGGUUUGGUUAGGCAAUCCCUAGUAAUCAUAUUUGUAUAAAUAGUGCAUUCAGAAGAGAUUCCAAUGUACUGUAGGAGGGAACAAAUGUCGCCGCGCUUCUCCCCGCCACAAUUUUUAUAUUGAAGUCAGGUUUUAUUGCUUUUGUAUUAAGAUGGUUAUGUUGGAAUGUUUUUAGUUGGCUUAAUCAAUCAUUUUAUCCCCACCUCAA